AUGUCCAAGCGAGCAUCUUCCCCAACUUCGACUAGCAUCAAUAGCCGAGGGGCAGUACUCUGUUGGCACAAGAAGCCAUGUGUGGUGAAUACAUCUGGAACCGAAGCGAACCCAGGAAGACAGUUCUAUGGGUGUCCAUUUUGGAUGGACGAGAAGAAGAACUGUCGUUUUUUUAGGUGGGUGCGAAUGAAUGUUGAUGAAGAUAAGCACCAUGAUUCUGAAAUUGAUCCUUCGUCAGCAUGA